CGCAGAUUUGUUUUGACCUAUGGCGACUUUUUGCGAUUGUAGGAGUUUGAGUUAUUCAGUUACCGGUGAUUGUGAGAACAUAGGAAUUCACAUUAUAGCUAGGUGUUGAACAAGCCAGUCAGCAUGUGAGGAAUGCAGUGUGUCAUCUGUGUAUAAGGUCAUGGCAAGCAAUAAUGGGAGUGGUGGCCCAGGGGACAGCGCCCAGGGCCAAAACCCUUUCAAGCUGACUACAUCACCACCGGCAUCAGUGAGCUUGGUCUUCUCUUCGGGGGGAGAGUACCUCCAAAUGGCCAGAAGCCAGGCACCGAGUCAGUCGAACUACAUGCUGUUUGGGGGGAUGACAAACACGUCCCCUACGGCCUCCCCAAGCUCAGCUUCAAGAUGUAACUUUUUCGGCAUGACCUCAACCUCCCCGUCAUCAGCGGUUGCAGGUAUCCCCAACAGCACUCUGUUUGGGGGUAUGACAUCUCUUGGGGAACACAGAUAUAUGACCUCUUCGUCUUUGGGGUCUGGGGGGUCUCGCAUGUCAAGUGUAAUGAGCAGCACAAUACAGCCAGCAUCCAGUGUGUUGAGUAAACCUCAGUCUGAUACAAAAGCAAUCUCAUCUUCCUCAACACCUCCAGGGAUCCCAUCUGGAAAUAUCUUUGGUGGGUUGACAUCUUCAGCAUCAGGACAGACAACCUCACUGUUCUCUGCAGUUAAUCCGUCUGAUGGAGAAAUGCUUGGAAGCGGAAAAAACACUUUUUCAUUGUUGUCAGCCAAGAUUGCACCAAGAGAUACAGCAACAUCAACUUCACCCAAUGCCUUUCCUCUCCCAUUCUCAGGGACAGGUGAAAUAAAGCCACCCAGUUUAUUUUCAACUGUCAAAACUGAUUCUAUGAGUACUAAAGAUUUCUCCAAAGAUACCAGACCAGCUCCCACUCCUUUGCUGUCUAGAGGAGUAACAAAUACCAGUCAGAGCCAACCAUCUGCAGCCAGAAAUGUCUUUGCUGCCCCACCAACAUCAAAACUCUUUGAAGGACAAAAAAAUACUUCUUCUCUUCCUAAUGAAAUUGACAAAAUAAGCCAAGUAAAUGAAUCAAUGGGUUUUAGACCUGCAGUUUCUCCACAAACAGCACCAAAACUCUUUGAAGGACAAAAAAAUACUUCUCUUCCAAAUGCAAUAGACAAAAGUAGCCAAGUAAAUGAAUCAGUGGCUUUUAGACUUGCAGUUUCUCCACAAGCAACUGUUACAACAAAUAUCUUUGGUGGAUCUACAUUAAGUAAGACUUCAUCUGAGUCUGCAACCACAUCAAGUACUAGUAGCAUAUUUGGAGGCAGCACUAUAGAUGCACCACAGACUGUAAAAUUAUUUAGCAACAGUGUAGCAAGUGGGCGUAUCAGUAACAGAGCUGCAAGCAAGAGUAAUGAUCAGUCUGCGAGCACAGCAGUAUCAGUGUCUGCACCUAAUAUCUUUGGUGGAUCUUUAAAACUCAAAUCAUUCUCUUCAGCUUACAUGACGCAGCCACUCUUUAGCAAUCAGUCUGAAAAACAGGAUGAAUCCGGUUUGAAAAAAAGCCAGAUUGGUAAUGCAACUGAGUUAGGAAAGAUAUUUGAACUGUGUGAAGAUAAAUCAAUACCAAAAGAUGAUUUGGAAAUCCCAGAGUCACAAAGUAUGUCUAGAAAAUCUGAGUUUUCAACUUCACCUCAGUAUGACAAAAAGGAACUCACCAAGAUCAUCAUAGCACAGAUUCCUGAUAGCUGCAUGGACAGAGAGAUACUAAAGAACCAUUUUGUAAAGUUUGGAAACGUCAAAAGGGUCACCCUGAACCCCAGAACCAAUCAGGCAACGGUGCAGUAUGAAGAUCACCGUUCGGCUUCCAGAGCCAAGAAAAAGGGGAAGAAAAUACAUCCAAAUUUGCCAGAAGUAAGAAUAUUCUAUGGCACUCCAGCACGACGUAAGAGUGAGGAUGGCAAUGCCGAUGCCAUGAUGUCCAAGAAGAAGGCCAUCAGAACACUGCAGUCAGCUCACUCCCCAAGUGACAUUGACCCUUAUGAGCCACUGCCCCGCCCCUCAGAAAAGGAAACCGUGGAGUUGCCCAAGCCUAUCCAAGCCAGGGUGAGCCAGCCCAAGCCUGCCCAUGCCAGAUCAAGCCAGCCCAAGCCUACCCAUGCCAGAUCAAGCCAGCCUAAGCCUACCCAUGCCGUAUCAAGCCAGCCCACACAGAGGGAGAAGGCACCAGAAAAGGUCAAGAAAGGAAAGCCAAAGCAAGGAGCUGGAGCAAAGGAGAUGAAAGAACCAUCUGUUGCAGUGGAGGGAAAGGAGCCAGAGGAAGUCAUUCAGUCGAAAUGUAACACCAGUCAUGAUAAAUACAAUGUUCUUAAAGCAAGAGAUUGUCUGGUACGGAAGGAGAUCAUCAGAACCUCUGAUAUUAAGAAGGCAUCAUACCUUUCAGCCACUUGUCCUGACAUGUGUCCAGAGUCCGAAAGGUACAUGAGGGAUGUACAAAAUGACCUCAGCUCAUAUGAAAUGACAAAUGGGGUUAUGGACCACCGCCUUGUUGUUAAGAAGUUUUCCCGGAGUAGCGCAGAUAAGGAUGAACCGCUGCCGUAUGAACUCAGGCCUGGACCUGUUCUCUUGAAGACCAUGGACUUCUUAGUAUGUAACAUCAUAGAGCGUGGGGAAGAUGAAGAUGUUGAGACAGAUGUUUGGUACAAUUAUUUGUGGAAUAGAACCAGGGCUAUUCGCAAUGACUUGAUGCAGCAGCAGUUAACAGAUGGCAAAGCAGUUGCUAUUAUUGAACGGUGUAUGAGAUUCCACAUUCAUGCUGCUGCCCGUUUCUGCCAGGAACCCCCUGAUCUCUUUGAUGCCAAGAUGAAUACUGAGCAUCUCACUAAAAGCUUGCAGACUCUGAAGGAGCUCUACCAGGACCUGGGAGAAAUUGGGGAGUAUUUUGAAACUGAGCCUGAGUUUCGUGCUUAUGAGUUGUUGUUAAAUCUGAAUGAAGGACAGACUUUCAUUACACAGUAUUCACAAUAUAGAGAAGAAGUACAAAAGUCCAAGGAAGUCCAAUUUGCUUUAAAAGUAGGAAUGGCUCUAAUGUUCAACAAUUAUGUAAAGUUCUUCAAGCUGAUGAAAAGUGCCACAUACCUACAAGCAUGUGUGAUGCACAGGUAUUUCAGGCAGGUACGUUUAAAAGCUUUGGACACACUUAUGAAAGCAUAUGUUCCUCCAAAACAAGUACAAACACUGCCCUUAGAAACUGUGAUAACAAUCCUGGGAUUUGAGAAUGAAGCAGAUGCUGAAAGCUACCUGCAGGUGUAUGGAAUCAAGGUAGCUGAUAAGAAUGUGAUUUUAGAUAGGAGCUUGUUUUCUAUACAUGUUGAGGAGCAACCACCAUUAGUGCGGCCAUUAAAAAUGGUUGAGAGCAACAGAACUAGCUCAGUGGGUGAAGUUAUUCAGGGUGGUCCCCUACCUGAAAAUCCACUGUUGACGCAUGUUCCUCAUGAUAGCUUUGACAGUCAAGGAUACUUGAAGAAAGAAGCAUACAAUGCUUCAGACCAACAAGUGGGAAAGCAAGUACCAGCAGUAGAGAUCAGAGAACCUCCAGUUCAACAAACUCAGCAGUGGACCACUUCAGAGUUAAUGGCAUGCAUGAAUGAUAUUUAUAUGACCACCUCAUCUAGUGUCAUAAAGGAAAUGCUUUUCAAGAUAACAAAGGAAGCAAAAGAGGAAUGUCAUCUUGAAUCCAUCAACAAAGUGGCUCAAAUAGCUGGAAAGGAAAUUUUAACGGAGUGUUUAAAAGAAGAAAUCCAUCUCAUAUGUGAGAGAGCGCUACAAGGAGUUCAAUACGAAGAAGAGGUGAGGCGGAGAAGACUUCUUGAAGAAGAAGAAAGGAAGCGUAAAGCCAUGCAGGAGCUCCUUGAGAAAGUGGCCAAGGUCUUGUGUGCUGAGUAUGUAGAAGAGUUUGUGGAAGAGUUUGUGAGAAAUUUGUGCACAAAAGCUGUACAAGAAGUAGAGAAGGAAACAUGGGAAGUAGUAAUUGCAGAGCUCAUUGUUGAAAUGCCACAGACAUUGUGCAGAGAAGUUAUGCUAAGUGAAGUGAAGAAACUUAGUGCAGAGGUUAUUACUGCAAUGAAGGAUGAACUUGAAGCCAAAAUUACUCGGCUACAACAAAAAAUUUCCAUGCGAAAGAUGCGAGACUCAUUCAAGAGGUGGAGGUGUCAGGUUUUGAGAGUUAAGAGGCGAAAGCAAGCCCAAGAGACCUUCCCAGCAAGUUGUUCUCAAUGGCCUAUAAAUCAGCAAAAUGAGCUGUUUGGAUGGGGCUAUCACAGGAGCAGGCAAGAAAACAUGUCUGCCUUCCAGGUGUCUAGUAAAGAAACCACAGUAGCCAAGAACAUAGAGCAGAUGACUCUUAGGAAUCACCUAAUUAGAGCAUGUGCUUGGCAUCACCUACCUCUGCAGCAAGAAAUGAAAAAGGUGGUUGAUGGAACCUUACAGCCCAUCAAUUUGAUAAAGCAGUACUUUAAGGUUUUAAUUUGUACUUUAGAGAACACAAACCCAAUCAUUGUGCAGUGGCUUAGAUCCAAGUUAAGAACAAUAGAUGACAGCAAUAUUCAAGAGUGUGUGAAUAGUUCUUUUAGUUUUAUUUCGAAGAACAGUGGUCUGGAGUAUGCAUGUUUGGUUAGUGAAGUCUCACUUAACAGUUUGUGCUCUGAUGAUAUAAAAGGAACUUCAGCUGUGAUAUUUUUGCUACCAUCACAAGCAAGAAAGCAAAAUGUAAAUAGUCAAGCCCUUAAUAUAUUGAAGAGUAUAUCUGAUGUGCCAAAGUUAACAAUACAGUUUGAUGAAGAACCUUGCAUUGACAAUACAGAAGGCAUUUUGGAUUCUCCAGUUUGGAAAUUGGCAGAGUGUGAUCUGUACUAUCUAGAAACUUCUCAGAAAUUGCUCUCUCACAUGCUUGAUCUUUGGAAUCAGCAAGAUGGACGGUUACAAGUGGUAUCUAUCCACCUGAACAAUUUUGUGUAUGGUUUUAUAGCUAAGAAAGUUGUGGAGGCAUUUUUGUACAAAAACCAUGAAAGAAUAGAAGAUGGGAAGUCACCCCUUCCACCUAAAGCUUAUAUUGACCUGUACAAUGAAGCUGUGAAUCACCUUUUAUGUGUUGUUGAGGAUGAAGAACUGUUGAAACUUGAUUGGCCUGCUCCUGGUUUGAGUCAUCUAAAGCAAGUACCACCUAUGUCAUGGAAUAACUCUGAUGCUGAUAGGUUAAUAGCCAUACUCAGAAACCUAAAACUUCCCAAAUUAGAGUUGGCGGAUUAUAUGACUGUUGGUGCCAUAAAAGACUCAUUGCACAGGUAUGCAACCAAAAUCUGCACUCAAGAAAAUAGCAGUAUUGUCCUCAUGUCACACCUGAAUGUGCUUAUAAGUAAUUCCUUGUCCAUUUUGAUGCCACCUAAUGGUGAAGCAGAAGAGGAUCAUUUAGAUUGGAAAAUCCACAUUCUACAGUUGCCCUGGACAGAGCUCAUCUAUGCCUGCAUAUCCCACAAGUUAACUGGACUCCCUGACCUCACUGUAUACCACCAGCCUGACAAACUGAACGCCUUCAAAUACCCUCCCUCAUGGUGGGCAGCAUGCGAUGCAUCAGAUUUGAGCUGGGCCACAACCAGGAAUGAGAACCUCCCACCCACAUCUAGGAAGAGAAAACAUGGGCAGGUGCCUGAGGAAAGGACAGGCCAGAAGAAAAAGCCCUCAAAGCUGCUUAUCGACAUUGAGAAGGAGAAGCGUAAGUAUGUGGAGUUUGAGAAGAGGCUUGAGGAUAUGUUUGAGAUUGAAGAAGAGUUGAGGAACUUACUGGAUAAAUCAUGAACAUAAUUAUGUUUGUUUGCCAGAACAAACAUAAGGCCCUGUAUUUAAUGUUUAUAGAUACUGGUAAACAUUGGAAUUUUAUUUUUGCUUAUAACUAAUAGUUAAUGAUGCAAAGUUAAAUAUAAUAUACAGUGUAACAGGACUGUUUUGUACUUAGAGUGGAAGUAUUAAGUGUUCAAUUAUUGAUCCUGUAUAUAUGGAUAUACCAUAUAGCUUUUUUAUCAUUAAUAAUUGUUUGGCAUCACAAUUCAUAAUCUUUUAAAUUAUGAGUAUUGCUUUCAUAAGGAAAUCUCUCUUCUAUCCCCCCCUCCCCAGUUUCAAUUUUAGUUGAAGUGCAUUUGCAAUAGUAGUAGUGACCCUUUCCUUUCCUUUAUUGCUGAUGAGUUUAGGUAUAUGUUUGAUGACCUUGGUAUACUGCUUCUCCAUAGUAAAUAUGUUCAAAAUUUAUGUCAUACUUUCACUUAGAAAUGCUUAAUAACAUUUUCUUGUCGGACUUGAAAUGUUUUGUAAUAUGACAAAAGCAACAAUCUCCUUCAUACAUAUUUCUGGAAGCUUUUAAGCAGCUGAAUUUACACACCAGAGGUACUGAAGCAUGUUGUACUGAAAAUCAUAGCAAUGUAUAAUUCAACCAGUAAGCUACAAGGGACAUACGGUGCUGAAGAAUGUUACUAUUAUUAUAUUUAUACCUAGUGAAUGGUACUCUCAAAUUCCUACUUGAAACUUUGGAAACAGGGAUAAGGAAUAAUUAGCAUGAAUUAUUUGAAUUGUCAAAUUAUAGUCCUUAUGUAUAAUUGUUUUUAUAUAGCCAGAAAGUCACCCGUUCUUCUGUAAGACAAAGAGUGACAAUAAAGUGAAGUGAACUGUUAUUUUUAUGCUGACUAGCACUCUUUUAAGGAUUUUUAAAGAUUAAUUUUCUUUGUAAACAGUUAAGAGAUGUGUUUUGUAUAAUGGAAUCUUGAUUAAACUAAAAUUACCAAUGCUUGUUCUCUUUGCCCUUAAACAGUUUAUUUACUGUUUGUCACUUUACAAAUUCAACUAGAAACUGAAACCUAGGAGUAUGUAAAGAACUAGGAGGAAAACACUUUCCUCCUCCUGUUUGAUAUAAACAUUGGUUUUAUUCCCACUGAAACGUAAAAACAAAUUUAAUUAAACACUUGCCAAUGAAAAUGUAGUUCAUGCAAUAAUGUUUGCCAAUAUCCUUUAACUUGUGCACACAUUAAAUACCUACAAGGCGGCUAUAAUAAUCAGUAGUGAAGGUAAUAUUUCAGUAGUCCUUUUUGAUGAUAGUAUUUGAUAUUUUUAUCAUUUAUGAAGGCAGUGAUGGUAGCCUGGUAUGUCUUAGAGCAGGCCUGAUAAGUACAUCUGAGAAGUGAACCAGCAGCAGGCAAGGUACUAGCUAAACAAUUGAUUCGACACACCUGACGUCUCCAUUCAGGCAUGCCCACCAAACAGGCUUGGACGUGUUUUGACAAUAGUCUUUAAUGAAAGCAGAAAUUGAUACCUUCAUCUUUGGACUAAGAUAAUGUAGUUAUGGUCUACUUUGUAUCAAAAAUACAAUUUUAAAUGUGAUGGUGCCUUUAUUAUAUACAAAAUGACAACGGAUCAUUAUAAUAAAAAGGCCAGCAAUACAGAAGUGACAAUUAUCUAAUGAGAGUGAAUACUGAUAAUAAUGGCUUUUUUGAAUUAGUGGUGAAAAUCUAAGAAUGCAAAGUUUUUCAAUGAAUCAAUAUUUUCAGUGUGAUGACCAGCAUUGCCAUGAAAUGGUUUGUGAAAGUACAAAAAACUUACAAUUUUUUUUAUACUGUAAACAGAAUAGCAUAAUCCCUAGAUCAUUUUUUUUCUGACAAAACCAAUGGAUUUGGAUUAAUGCAAGAAACUGAUGUUAUUACAUCCAAGAUAAUUUGUUGUCAAUUAACAAUAACCAUCCCUUAAACAACUGUAGUGAUUGUAUAAGGACACCUUUCUUUUAAAAAAUAAGUAAUUGAAAGGAAAGAAAAAAAAUAAAAAAUAAAAAGG